UCUGUCGAUGGGGUCGCUGUAUCCGUCCAUACAGCUGAUGAAAGAGGCCAUCAUGGUUAAAGCUCCUAAUGCAUAUAAGUGGGUGCAUGCAAUAAUAGAUGACCGUUGGGAAAGAACGCUUUCUCACCCACUACAUCAGGCUGCGUAUUUCCUAAAUCCCAAAUACCACUACAGCCAGAACCUCUUCGAAGAUAAUUCAUUAAAGAGGGUUGUGCAUGAGGUGUACGAUCACUUAUUCCCCGACUGUCCGGGGAAAGGCACCUUUGGUAGUGAGGUAAAUAUGUUCUGCACUUACAUUCUCCUUAUCUUCAUCUCAAUCAUUAAAUACUUAUUCUGGUUGCUAUACGCCAUCAAUAGAUUGUUAAAUUCCGCGACGCUGUUGGAAUGUUUGGGUGUCACCCUGCGGUGAAGUCAAGGAACGCCAUGAUGGCAU